AUUAUUUAAAAACUUGUUAUUUAUUAAAUGUGUAUGUUAGUAGUUUAUACGUAAAAACGAGGAAAGCACGCUUGAUAUAAAAAACAACGAAAUUGUACAAAAUACCGAUCAUAUGGUUGGUAUAAAUGUUACUUGGAAAUUUUUCGAUUAUUUUAAAUUAAAAAUAACAAAAAAUAAAAUAUACAUUUUGUAAAUUGUUAUUAAACUCUAGUGAAGAACAACGGCGGCUAGUUAAAAUGAUGUUUUACAAACAAAAUACCAUUAUUUUAUCAUUUAUUGUAAUAUUUUCAUUGGUGCAACUUAUAAAUUCUGCAGACCCUGACGCUGCAGUACCGGCAGAUUCUACUAAACCAGACUCUGUAAGCAAUGACGGCGCAAACAAAAGUGCAGAGCCUGCUAAAAUAGGCCAACCUACGCCGGUAAAUAUUGCGACGACAUCAACUUCAACCCAACAACCUUCAGCAACACAAAAUCAAAAAAACACAUUUUGUAAAAUGAUUUGUAUGCCCUUUCAUGCCUGCAAGACGUUUUUUGGAGAAACAUUCAAAAUAAUUUGGACAAGUAUAUUAAAAGCCAAGGACAAAAUUAUUUCCAUUUAUAAACCAUCGACCACAACUGUCAAUAACGUUGGCUAGUUGAUUCAUUUGCAAUUAUCCAUGUUAUCAUAUGAUUUGUUAUCAUUAAAAUGUGUAAUAACAAAAAAAAAAAAAAUAGUUCGUUUUCAUGAUGUGAUCUUAUCCAACCCCCCCCCCCGAUUUCAAACGUUUUCAACUAUUAAAUAUUCAUAAUAUUUUGUAAAUACCGUCUGUAUUCUACGACCAUUGUGUGGUUUGUUGAAGGUAUUGAGCCGAUUGAUUUCCGAAAGUGAAUGGUUCCGUGAACGAUUGGUCGGGUAAGCGUCCGAAAUCCAUUCCGCUGAGGAUUACAAUACGGCCACUUGAAUUUUCAUUUCAAGAUAAACCCAAGUGACAUGCAAAAAGCCAAUACACCCAGAAGAUAACCAAAUUCAUUACCAAAAGUUAGGAUACAAAUGUCGAGAAUUACUACAUCCAAUGAAUUUAUCGGCGCCAAGAGGACAAGGGCACCGAUGUUUGUAAUAAUUAAUAUCUAUACGACUAAAACCAAUGUGAUACAAUACUGCAAAAGCGACAUCUAACUCCAGUGAGAUUAGAUUAAAAUCAAAAUGUUACUAUAAUAAUUAUUAAUAAUAAAGAGGUGUACCUACAUUUAACCUAAUAUAUUAUGACUUGUAGUACUUGUACAACUUUACAGCUAGCUCUCAACGUCGUAAGUUCGUAUAUUUUUUUGACUCUACCGAGUGAUGUUGGAAUUUUUAUUAGAAUAAAUCCAUAAGUUAUGAUUUGCAUAUUCAUCUUCUAUCAUACAAUCAAAGUACCAAUGUCCGCUAACUGAAAAUUCCAAUUUAUAGUAAGGACUAAGGGACCGCUGAUAGCUUAAAAUAAUUAUCUUUUGAAUGAUUUUUUUUUUUUUUAAUGUAUUAUGCUUAUUUUUAGAAAGAGAUAUUCAUUGUCAUUAAAUUUACAUACAAUUUUUCUUAAGUCAUGUACCUAAUUAUAAUGUUCUUAUACAAAAUGUAGAAAAUAUGAUGAUUUUAUAUAAAAAGCAUACUGUGACCUUUGUUAUUUGGGUUUUUCGAUUUGUAUGUAAUAAUAUAAAUAAUAUUAUAUCUAUGGUUAAUAAUACUUAAUACACAAUUAUAUUAAUUUUCACCUGCAAUUAUAUGAUAUGAAUCACAUACAAAUGUAAAUCACAUGUCCUAAUUUUGAACUCAGUUUGAAAACCACUGACCUAUAUAAUAAACUUUAACUAAGCAAUCAAUUUGUUAUAGUUUUAAAUGUUCUUAUACGUCUGAUAAAUGUAAAAUAGAGCAUCAAAAGUACUGAUGUAAUGCGAUGGACAAGAAGCACCUAGAAAACACUGCAAAAUCGCGGUGACGCGGAAUUAAUUUUUGUGUGUUAAAUUUGAAUUUAAUUAUAUAGGUAGUACUAUUAAGUCCAUAGAUCAUGUUCUUUUUAUUUUUUGCGAACCUCUUUUCUUUUUUAAAUACCCAGUAGAUGAAACAUUUUAUUUGUGUAAAGUAGAUGAGUAAUGUUGAUUUUUUGAUGAACAAUUUAUGUUUCUUUUAUUUUGUAAUUCUUAGAUUUGUUAGAUAUUAUAUUAAAACUUUGUGUAUAUAGCAUUAAAAAGGUGGGUUGUUUUCAGGACAUUUAACAAUUUUUUUACCAUUUUGUCAUUUUCAUUAGACAUUUUUAUGUUUUUGUCAAAAACUAAAAUCAAUAAUAAAUAAUAAUUAAAGCUAUA